AUGAGGAGUGGAUCAACGCUGCUCGUUGCUUUUUUGGGUGUGUCCCUGACAAGAGCCGCUUUAACGCUAGAGAAGAAAGAUGUGCCAUCUACUCUUGAGGUACCGUUUGGGUUUGGACCUAUGUUCGGCUCGAAUUCGAUGAGUCGUGUUGGGAUAGACAAGAGGAAGAACGUGCUUGAUGUGGACGCUGCGAUCGAGAACAUGGUCUUCGUCCACACAAACAUCACUGUCGGCACUCCUCCCCAGGAGAUGGAGGUAUAUUUCAAUAUUAUGGGUAAUGAGUGCUGGAUUCAUGCGGCCAAUUCAACCAGCUGUCAAUGGUUCAAAGACAAGGAGAACUGCGACGGGUAUGGCGGAUAUAACACGAGCACCUCCAAGACCGCCGAGUUCGUUAGUUCCGAUUUUGCAGUUAAUGACAGAGGGCCCAAUGUCACCGGCGACUUUUUCAAGGAUGCUCUGGUUAUUGGGAAUACCAAACUUGAUUCCAUGAAACUGGGUGUGGCAUACGAUGGAAUAACCAGUAACACGAUUGGUCUUGGGUACGGAGAAGAAGGCUCUUCCUCGGUGUCGCUACCCCAAGCUUUGACGGACGCGGGAAUCAUCAACUCACCUGCCUUCAGCAUGUGGACAAACUAUGGGUACCGUUACGGUGGCAAAAUUCUCUUCGGUGGCGUAAACAAAGCAAAAUAUUCCGGCACCUUGCAAACCCUGCCGAUUGUACCGGGGCCGUCUGGCGAGCGCAAGGCAUUCCGCGUCAACAUGACCGGUCUGCUAAUCAACGAAACAUCCAUUUCCCCGGAAUCGUUCACAUUAGACGCGUUACUCGACAACCAAGUAUCCCUUACGCAUGUUCCUGAAUCAGUCAUGUCAGCGCUUGCCAUACAGCUGAAUGUGGAGAAGAUCCCUGAAUCUGGGCAAAUCACUCUUCCCUGCUCUCUGGAAACAUCAAAAACCAAUAUUACCCUUGAAUUUGGUGCUGCGAAGUUUGAGUUUCCUAUUGGCUUGCUGAUGACCCAGGUGAGCGUUGAGCACGCGUACACAAGAUAUGGCGAUGCUUGCUAUUCAGGGAUUGUGGCCAACCGAGAUUACAAUAAAAGAGGAAGCAUCGUGCUGGGGACAAACUUCAUUAGGUCUGUAUAUUCAGUGUUUGAUCUUGCCAACGAUGAGGUUUCCCUAGCCAAUCUAGUAUCGGAAUCAUACUCGGAUAAUAUCGUUGAGAUUACAUCCGGAGAAAAUUCGGUUCCAGGUGCUACUGCUACUACUACUGAUAAGGGUCAAGACAAAGACCAGAAAGACGGGGAGGAGUCUCUAGGUUCUACCCUUGAGAAUGCCAGACUUUGCUUCGGGUUGACAAUCGCCGUUUUGUGCUAUAUUCUUAUAUAG